CGUGGGGGUGAGGGAGCGGAGUCUGGCGCACCGGGCUAGGCAGGACAGAGGGCAGGGAGCGUGGCCCCGAGUGGCUGAGGGCGCGGUAACGUGCAGUCGCUGGCUGCCAGACCAUGCUGAGCGGACGGUGCGUCAGGCUUGCCUCAGCGCUGCGGGGCACGCUCACGCCGCCCUCCGCGGUCUCCCGUAGGUGGGUGCACGCGUCAGGGUCGCGGCCUUCGUCUGAUCAGAACAGGAGAGCGGAGGAGCCGUCCCGCGCCUUCGACCCGGCGCUGCUGGAUUUCCUGGUGUGCCCACUGUCCAAGAAGCCGCUCAGAUAUGAAGCAUCAACACACGAAUUGAUUAAUGAAGAGUUGGGAAUAGCGUAUCCAAUCAUUGAUGGCAUUCCUAAUAUGAUACCACAGGCAGCUAGGAUGACACAUCAAAAUAAGAAGCAAGAAGAAAUGGAGCAGCACUAGAUCAUAAUUGAAAGAAAAUACAACAGUUAAAUUCU